AUGUCCUAUAUCUCCUCUCUGUCCCUGUCCACUCCUCUCAUAUCUUUCUCCCCUCCUUGUUUUGUCUCCCUUCCCUGUCCACUCUCCCCCUCUCCAUCCCAUCUCCUCUCCGUGUCCUAUCCCCCCCCUCUCUGUCCUGCCCUAUCCUCUCUCCCUGCCCUUCCCUAUCCCCUCUAUCUGCCUUGUCCUAUCCCUCCUCUCUGCCCCGUCCUAUCCCCCCCUCUAUGCUCUGUCCUAUCCCGCCUGUCUCCCCGCCCUGUCAAUUCUCCCCUCACUAUCAGUCAUUUCUCCCCGCCCUGUCAGUUCUCCCCUCGUCAUUUCUCCCCUCGUCAUUUCUCCCCGCCCUGUCAUUUCUCCCCUCCCUGCUCACUCUUUCUUUUCCCCGGCUUACCCAUUGUUUCCCCCCCUCUCACUCUUUCUUUUCCCCUGGCUUACCCAUUGUUUCCCCCCCUCUCACUCUUUAUUUUCCCCGGCUUUCCCAUUGUUUCCUCCCCUCUCACUCUUUCUCUCCCCCUGGCUUACCCAUUCUUUCGCAUUGUUUCCCCCCUGAUCACUCUUUCUUUCCCCCUAGCUUACCCAUUGUUUCCCCCCAUCUCACUCUUUCUUCUCCCCGGCUUUCCCAUUGUUUCCCCCCCCUCUCACUCUUUCUUUCCCCCUGGCUUACCCAUUGUUUCCCCCCCUCUCACUCUUUCUUUUCCCAAGGCUUACCCAUUGUCUCCCCCCCUCUCACUCUUUCUUCUCCCCCUGGCUUACCCUUUGUUUCCCCCCUGCUCACUCUUUCUUUUCCUCCUGCUAACCCAUUGUUUCCCCCCCUCUCACUCUUUCUUUUCCCCUGCUUACCCUUUGUUCCCCCUUUCUUUUCCCCCUGCUCUUGCUCUCCCCUGCCUUGUCCAUAUGCCACUCGUUAUCUUUCAAUCUGUUUAUGCUCCCCUGUCUGCUCCUUCGCACCUUCCCUCUCCCUUCAGUGGUGCAGGUCGUCAAGCAUGA